AUGAAUGAUUCAAUGAUUAAUUCCAUCUUGUUACCAUCGUCGAUUCAUCUUGAAAAUCUUGAACAACUAAUAAAAAAUCUCGAACAACAAACACUCAAUAUCGAUAAUUUCGAAAAUACAUUAAACAAUGAUAAUAAUCAAAAAUUACUGGAUAACUCCUAUUUAUCGGUCUCAUCAAAUACAAUAUCUAUUGAUAAUGCAUUAGAUGAAAGUUUCCUUCUGAAAAGCAUCAAAAUAAAAAAUGAUCCUACAAAAGACAAUCAUACCGAUGAAAGUAUAUCUAUAGAUAGUCUUUCAGUUCAACGCGAUUUAUUUAUUCAUGAAGAUCUACAACAACAAAAUCGACCAGUUAGUAAUGAUCAAAGUUUAUGUCAAGAUCACGAUAGUGGAUUUACAUGGGACGAUCAAUACGACACACAAGCCAACUAUUGUAUAGCUUUUAAUAUUGAUAAAUCACAAGAACUCGAUUCGAAAUACGAUAAAUCAUCUCGUUCACAAACAAAUCAAAAGUCAAAUUCUGUCUAUUCCGAUGACGAGAUUCUCUCGAAUAUGAUCAAUAAUAUAAACGAUUGGUCUAUGCGAUCGGAUUGCAAUGCUUUCGAACAGCCAAUUAAUCGAUCGGAAAAUAUUCAUUCACAAUUUCAUCUGCCUUCGUCUACAUGGCCGCAAUCAAUACAAAAUAAUAAUGCGUCUGGUUCAUCAACAUCAUGGCGUCAAAUGAAACAAAACCAACGAGCAACAACACAAGAAACAGACGAACAAGAGACACGACCACUUUCGCCUAUAAAUCUUUAUAAAAUUUUCCAACAAAAAUCUAAUGCGAUUGCAGUAUCACCUCGAAUCGCUUUUCAACCGUAUCGACAACAGAAUGAUGCUUCGGAUAAGAUGACGACAGAAAAAUCAACCACAUCACAAAGUCAUUCACAUAUUGAUCAAGCUAAUCAAACGUCUAUUCAUGUUGAUUCUUCAUUGAACAAUCAAUGUCAAACAACAUCUCCCAUAGGAUCGAAAUCAAAAUCAUACGAUAAUCUCAAUUUACCAUGUUCAGCAGUCGCAUUUUCUAUUAAUAAAUCGUUACCCGAUCUUUCUUUUAUCUCGCAAUAUUCAAAAGAACUACCUCGAUCUCAAACAACAUCACCAGUGCCACGAUCGUCUUCAUUGUUUCUCAAUGCUGCUCGAACAACAUCAUCUCCAACAUUAGUUCAUCUUCAAAAACAUGAUUCAGAUCGACCUCGUACACUUAAAUCAAUAAAAAGAUAUAAAAAUAGUAAACAUUCUACUGAGCCCUUAGGCGCUUUCUACAGUCCACAAUUACGAAAUACUUCUACUUCUACACCCAAUUCAACGGCGAUCAAAAUGAAAUUACCAUCACCUUCAUCGAUUCAAUCAGAACAGCAGCAAAAACUGAGCUUAAAAUCUUGUUUGAAAUAUCAAUCGAGAGCCAAUUCUUGUGAUAUUCAAGUAACACUGAGAGAUCAAAAGCCACGAACAUCGUCAUCAUCGAUUCCUACAUUAUCAAUUGAUCAAGACUCAAAUUUCCGUUCAAGAAUUGACGGAUUUAAAUCUUCCGACGCUAUUUAUUCGACAAGUAACUGCCCGAAUAACAUCAAUAGUUAUCAACGAGAGCAUCAUUCUGAAUAUGAUCUUCCAUUACUCAUCGAACAAGUUAAUCAAACAAAGAAAAGUGUUAGCUUUUCGGGGAACAUUUCUAAACAUGCUUUAUCAUCGUCGAAUGCAUCAAUUGCAUUCAAUGAAAACAAAGAUAAAUUAAAAAAUCGAACAAUCAUACGCCAUGGUGAAAUGCGUCGAUGUCAAACUGACAUUAUUCAUAUUGAUCCUGUUCUUCAUCGAUAUACAUUCAAUGAUAGUCCACCGAAUGAAUUUUGUUUACAACAAGAUGAUGAUAUUUUAAUGGAAGAAUCUUAUGGAAACGUUGAUGAACCGCUAGAAGAGAAUAUAGUUGUUUCGUCGUCGCCUUUUCAUUCAACAAAGAUCGCAUCAAAUGAAAAUGAAACGAAUCUCUGUGAUCAACCAAUGAUGACAAAGAAUGUGUCGAUAUUUGAUUAUUUAUUAGAAACGAUCGUUGAUAUCAUUAAACGUCUAUUUGAAAUAAAACAAUCAGAAAAAUCAUUCUUUCUCAAUAAUGAAAAUAAUCUUCAAUUAGAUUCUCUACUUAAAAAUGAGUUUUGUACAGCAAUUCAAAAUAUUCUUGAACAUGGUCGAAAAGAUUUCAAAAAAAUAACCCUAUGGAAAAUUAUUGAAAUGUCAAUGAGUCAAAACAGUUCAUCGUCAUGUUCGGCAAGACAAGUUCCCGAGAUUUAUUCUGAAAGUAAAACAAUGGCACAGCAUAUUUCAUCGAAUUGGCUCUAUAGAUUUCAAGCAUUUAUCUUCCAAUUAUUAAAUAAAAAUGAAUUAAUCAAUUGGCUCUAUUAUUUUACAAGACAAAAAGAUAUUAUUCAAUACUAUUAUCAACCGCCUGAUGCUUUAGUUCUUGUUUCUAUUCCAGCGACAUUUAAUCUAUUCGAACGAAUUAUGACUCAAUUAGAAAAGCUAACACCACUUGCAUUUCAAUUAACAUACCAUGUACCGAAUGCUUCACUAUUAAAUGAUGAUCAGUUAAGUACAUCUAUGAUUAGUGUGCAUUCAUCUAAAGCAAAUGCACGAAAUUGGCUGAUGUCUAUAUCACGACGAACGUCAAAAAAUCUAACGCAUUCGAUUGUUCAAAACAAUUCUAAUGAGACAAUUCGUUCAACGUUGACCAAGAAAUUUAGUACACUAUUUUCCAGAACAAAUCCACAACAGCAACACCAACAAAGAAAAUCAUCGUCUGUCGUAACAACAAAAUUACCAGAACCUAAACAACAACCGGUAUCAUCAGAACAAUUACGUCGAUUAAAUCAGCCCGAUUUCGUCACAAAUUCAUUAGCCACAGCUACAACAAAUAAGUCAAUUGUUGUUUCAAAUGAAAAACUACAUGGUUCAAUACCACGAAAUGUAGCAUCCACUACGGCGCCUAUGGGAAUAUUGUCAACAUUUCAAACGAAAAUGUCACGUACUUCAUUAAACAUUGAUACUCCGAAAUCAACCAAAUAUCAUACAAAAGUACCUUUGCUAAAAUAA